UCAUAUUUGUAAUUGAACAAGAUUGCAGCGCAUAAAUCGGUACCUUAGCAAAGCUUAAGAGAUGUGGAUCAGGGGACUUAAAAUCAAGCUAUAUAAUGAAUGGAAGGAAAUCUAUUUGCUAAAUUGCCACGUCACAUUUUGAUGAACAGUGGGCAUGGGCGUGGAAACGCUGCAAGAAACACUACAAGACUGGAACGAUCAACUAUCGCAAAAGUACAUCAUCAGCACAUGCAUUCAGUCCUUCUACUUAGCCAUCGGGUUGAUCGGAAAUACCCUAGUUAUUAUACUAUAUAAAACCAGAAUGGAUUCAAAAAAUGACGACAGAUAUUUUAUUCCCGCAAUAGCCGUAAUUGAUCUCAUUGGGUGCGUUUUCUCCACUACACUUUCACUUCUGAAUAAUGAACGAUCUGUCAUGUUUCCAGGCUCAUUCUCGUGUAAACUCAUCCAGUUUGGCACUUGUGCGUCCAUCAUUGCAUCUCUCUUUAUGCUGUUAGUCAUUUCAAUUCAACGAUUUCAGAAAAUUUGCCGCCCGUUUGGUUUUCAGAUGAACUUAAAUCACAAGCGGAUUGCCACAGCGAUUGCUGUAGGUUUGGCUUGUGGCUUUUCGAUACCGAUGCUGAUUUUAUAUCAGAGAAUUGAGGUACAACAUGAGACCCUGAACAUUACAGGCUACCUCUGCGGAUCCGCCCCCGGGACAGAUGAAUUAGGCGAUAGUACUAGAGCUAUUCUAAUCACUGUCGAGGUAGGGGCCGUUUUCAGCAUGACCAUCUUCUACACAUUGGUGGGUCGAAAGUUGAUCCAACAGUUCAAAAUGUCACGAAAACUGCAAGAUAUCAACUCAGUUUCGAGAACAAGUAACAGUGAAAAUACAGACCGCAGAGCUAUUCAAACUGUUGUUUCGUCAGAGGCAGAAUGGACUGAAAAUUCCAGCAAUGUCAAAAGUGACGGAAAGGAACUUUUCCAGAUUGAUUCGCAGAGCAGAACUGCAAGCAACAAUCGAAAUUACGUGAAACUUAACAAGAAAUCGGCCAGCGGCGGACGCCGAUAUUCGAUAAUGUUCAUGGUGAUAUCUUUGAUUGCUAUCAUAUGUUACAUUCCUCCCUGGACCUUUGUUAUUCUGGAGGCAAAAGACUCUACCUUUUGGAGAAGACUGACAUAUGAGGAGGUACAAGUAUUCCUCGUCAUUCGCCGGUUGUACAUUGUCAACCACAUCGCAAAUCCAUUCAUAUAUGGCUUCUUCGACCCUAAGUUUAGACGAGAAGUGAAAAACGUGUUUUGUAGUUGUAAAUUUAGAUAAUAGAUUUCAAAGAUCUUUUGUGAGAUACACAUUUCAUGUGGUGUAUCAUAGUGUGUAAAAUAUAGAACUCCACAAUACACGAUUCUGAAAAUAACCUACCUACACACCUGCCACUUGAAUACAAUCUUAUAAAUAUGUCUCGGGGUAAAGCUUCAUAUACCCAAAAUGUACGCACAAGAUGUUUCAUACAUCUAACUUAUUGAUUCCAAGAUUUAGAUCUUAGUUUGCUAUACUUAGUGCAGUAGCCAUUGUAACGAGAUUACUUCAUAUCCUUAUCAAAUGGUACUUGUCUUUUUCCCCUGACAUCUUCAACGAGACACGAGCUUUGCACAGAUGACUAAUUUAAUUUGAAAGGCAAAGAGAAAAAUAUAUUUGCAUACCUGUCGUUUACGAAAAUAUUGCAGAUUACAUAAAGUAAUCAGAAGAUAAUUAAUGCUUUGAAUAAACCCAUUCUACAAGAGAUACCAAUGAACUUUGUAAAGUGCGAUCCUAAUGUGGUCCCUUAGAAAUGACUUGAUAUUUUUGGAAGAAAAAUUUACUUCUUUUUGAUGGUCUGUGUAUGUACAGUUUAAAGCAGAUGGUUCUAAUAGAUAUAUAUGACGUCAUAAAUGUGCGCAGUUUCGGAUUCUUAGAAAUUGUCAUGAUAAAAAAGCACAUUCUUUCGGUUUUUUCUUUUCCAUUAAAAAAAAAGUUCCUUGU